GUGCGGACAAGAACGCGCAGGCGCAACUGCAUUGCUCGGGCCCCAGCGGAAACCAUGCCCCUUCUCCAAAACUUAAGGGGCCAGAAGCAGUGCUUAGUGCUCAGGCUCUUCCGCACUUUUGGGGGGUGGGGGUGCGCAGGCGCAGUGGGGGAGCUCUUGGGUGGGGGUAGCGGUUGCGUAUGAGGUUGGUCUCUGUCCCGGCAGAAAAAGACGAGGCGCUGCGGGUCCAGGCUCCAGCUUGCUCUCCCAUACAUCAGUUGGAGGAGUAAAGUUCGUGAAUUGGUCCCCCAAGUUUUGGGGGACCCGGGCUUGCUGCGCGGAGUGACAGAGGCGGCUCCUGGGAACUUCCCCCAUGGAGCCCACCCAGCCUGCAGAGGACCUCAGCCUGACCCAGCAGCCCCCCACGCCAGAAUUUGGGGACCCUGAAGACCCUGGGGAUGAGGCCCCCGACGGCUCAGACACUGUAGUCCUCAGUCUCUUCCCCUGCACCCCGGAGCCUGGGAAUCCUGAACCCGAUGCUGGCGCCUCCUCCCCUCAGGCAGGCAGCUCCCUGAAGCACUCCACGACCCUCACCAACCGGCAGAGGGGGAACGAGGUCUCAGCCCUGCCAGCCACCCUGGACUCCCUGUCCAUCCACCAGCUCGCAGCCCAGGGGGAGCUGAGCCAGCUGAAGGAGCAUCUGAGGAAAGGUGUGUCCACACGCGUGCGCUGGCGUGUCCCUGCCUGUCUGACCACGCAUGUGUGUGUGCAUGUAGGUGCUGACAUGACCUGUCUCCACAUGUGUUGGAGCAUGUCCAUGUGUGUGCAUCUACGUGUGCACUUCCCCCCAUGUUUGACCCCAGCCACCCACCCUGUCCCACUCCCACAGCCUUGGGGAGAGUGGGCAAGGGUCAGUCCAGUGGUAUCACCCCCCCUCCUGCCAGGUGACAACCUCAUCAACAAGCCGGACGAGCGCGGCUUCACUCCCCUCAUCUGGGCCUCGGCCUUUGGAGAAAUCGAGACUGUCCGCUUCUUGCUCGAGUGGGGUGCCGAUCCCCACAUCCUGGCCAAGGAGCGGGAGAGCGCGCUGUCACUGGCCAGCACAGGUGGCUACACGGACAUCGUGGGGCUGCUACUUGAGCGUGAUGUGGACAUCAACAUCUACGACUGGAAUGGAGGGACGCCACUGCUGUACGCCGUGCGUGGGAACCAUGUAAAGUGCGUCGAGGCCUUGCUGGCCCGAGGAGCUGAUCUCACCACAGAGGCCGACUCCGGCUACACCCCAAUGGACCUCGCUGUGGCCCUGGGAUACCGGAAAGGUCGGCCUGAGACACAUGGGGCCGUGACAGGGGGCUGGAGGCAGGGUGACCACAGAGGGACAUCUCUGUCACGGGACAUCCCCCUCGGAUGUCAUAUGCUGGCAGAGAGAAUGUUUGUGUUAGCAGAUGUCGAGUGCCACUAUGUACCUGGCCUGGGCGUGUCCCAGUCUCAGCUCUCAGGGCUCCCCAGGGUUUGGGGGCAGGAGGCCCAAAGCAGCCCUGGCCUAGCCCCAGGAUGGGUGGAGGUCAGGGAGGGCUUCCUGGGGUCCCAGGGGAGGGAGGACAGUCUAGGCUAGAGGAACAGUGCACUCGGAGGCCUGGCAGGGUGAGGACGCUGAGAGAGAGGGGCAGGGCCACAGCCUCUCCGUGGCAGGAGCUGCGUGUGAUCAGGGCCCAUAGGCAGACCCCAGUUUGAUUCUCCACUUCCCCCUUCAGCUUCCCCAUCCAUAAAAAGGGGAUAUCCUAACAGACCUGACCCCCUGGGGUCGUGGGGGGAUUGAGGGCUUGGGAAAUUUUCCCCCUCCCUUCAGUGAGUUUUAUUCCAUUUGGGACAGAAAUCAUUCCUCACAGCCCCUCUUAUCUUUUCAUAAAAAUCACAAUUCACCAAU